AUGCGACCGGCGCUUGCUGUGGAGGUUGUCGAGCCUCCAGAAUCCCAUGCACACGACAUUCCAAGUGAUGAUGGUGUCCUCUUUGGCAUCAUGGUGGCUAGCGGACUCUUGCUGCUCAUUAGGGUGGCAAUUGUGCUGAUCUCGUUGUGUAAACACCCAUCAGGCGCAGUAUCUCAGAGUGACGAAAAGAGCAGGAACAUCUCAAAAGGAGUGGUCUUUUUUGUCGUGGCUCUAGCGACCGUGCUGAUGAAGAUUGCCAGCGUGACAGCUCACGGCUUGGUGGCCAUCAAUUGGCUUUUGGCAGGCGCGGAGCCGGGUGUGCCAUUGGUUGCUUGCUUUGUCUUGGUCGCGAUCAACACGCACCUUCUGACAUCUGUCGCUAUUGUAGUGCACUUGCGAGCGCUGUUGGCCAGUGUUGCCAUUUGCAAGCAGAGCAACAUCAAGUUUCAAGGCAUAACCAACCUCUGGGGAGCACCAGCUGGUGUGGCAUGCUUGCUGAUGAAUGGGGUGGCCACUGCCAUUUUGCUGGCUUAUCUUCAUCAUCGCUCUGGCAAAAUCACUACAUGGUUGGCGACAGCCAUGAGCUUCCUGCUUUGGGCCAACACGAACUUCAAAUCAGUCGGGCUUAUGGAUUCAGAAACCUGGGAGGAUGUGCAGGGUUCCGUCUCCAAGCCUCCCAUUCCAGCAGCUGAGUUCAUGAGGAGCAUUGGCAUGAUGCCCGGGAGCAAGCCGAGACAGAUGAGACAGGUGCAAGCCCGAGUCACGUCUCCAAGUUGCUCCAGAUGGUGCUCUGUUCAACAAGGACGACGAACUUUUGCUGCAUCAUCGGCAACGCCUUCUGCGCUGUGCUCUGCCGGAGUCCCCACGCUUGCGAUUCGUGCAUGGUGGGAUGAUCUUGUUUUUGGGGCUUCUAAGCACAGCGGUUCCGAGCAUUUUGGUGGGCUACUGCCUAUCCCGAACGCCAUUGCUCAGCGACGUGGAAGUUGGAGGUGGAAACCUUGGCCCAAGUUUUUCAAACUCUCGAUUUGA